GGCGGUUCGUUGGACCCGGAUCGGGUAAUAGAAGAGGGGGUGUAUCUCCCUAGGUUAGUGUGUUGUACUGUAAAGGGCAGGACAGGCUAGAUUCGUGUCGGGUUGUUUUGUAGUCUAGUAGUAGAGGUACUCUACUGUGUAGGAGGGGAGAAGUGUUUACAGUGUGCAGCUGAAAUCAACAUCCUGCUGUGACCACAACCGGGGUUGUGUUUAGCCGAGGCUUCAGUGGAGAGAAGAUAGGACACGACCGUCCUGGGGAAUUCGUCUUUGUUUUCGUAAGCAUCUGUCUGAGGAUUUUUUUUAAAUAAUGUACAGAAUUUAGAAAAUAACACAAGAUAGCCGUGCGUAUUGGAUGAAACCAAGGUGCAGAAGAAAGGUUCAAAUAAAACUGGACUUCUCACAAUGAACUGGCUGGCACGCUAUUAGAUCGAUGUAAGAACUGAAAAGGAACCAACUUUCAUUAAAGUGAAGACAAGUUGGUGAAAGUAAAAAAUAACCGGAUUAAAUAUUAAAUGCUACAGAUACUGUUCGUAUGCAAAUACCAAGAGGGUGAUACGAAAGUACUGCGAUUUAAGCAAAUGUACAGUGGGGCUAGGGGUCGGAGCCAGCUUGAGAUGGCAAAGCAAAACAGCGAAGCGAAAAAGCGGAAGGAAAUGAAAAAAAAUACUUUUAAGUUACUAGAAUUAUAGAAAAAUUUAGCAUGUGAAGCUGUCGAACGACGAAGCGAAUAAAUAGAGACCCGAGGCUUUGGCAAACCAAAACAGUGCUUUAAAUAAUGUUGGGGAAUAAAAUAUCAGCUCAAGAAAUAUUUCACCCACACACACACGGAUGAUUAAAAGCACGAAGUGGAUUUUGACUGCGGCUAUUCUCACCUGAGCGCACCUACCUGACUGCGCCUCUGUCAUAAUUAGUAACCGAAACAUUGUUUGACUCUUAUGGCUUCUUCUUCUGAGCAACCGGUGCAAAACUCUCGGCGAAAUUAAUAAAACCAGACGAAAAAGAUAAAACAGGAUUUGGUCGUGUUUUCGUUUUUUUUUUCACAAGAUGGGGCGAAAGAAAAAAACCCUGCAUGACUACGCGGCGGAGUUCCACGACCUGGCAGUAAAGAGACACGUCGUGGAGCAGCACGACUCCGGGGAAAGGACCCGAGUGGAAAUCCUGUACUGUAAAUCCUGCGAGGUACCGGUGAGGGUCCGCAGAGACAGGAUACUCGAGCACCUGGCGUCGGCCAGACAUUACCGAAACAGGAGGCUGAUCAAGCAACAGUGGGACAGAAAGCCCGUACAUGUAUCAGCACCAUCGGACCUCCACUUACCUGUCAGACUCGACUCGUCUUCCCUGGCCUCUCAGCCUCCCCUCCUGCCUGGCACUCCCAGCUCCUCCGUCUCCUCCUGCUCCAGCAGCCUCCCUCCUCCGUCUCUCCCACUGCGCUCCAGCAGCAAGAGCUCCACCUCUUCUGCAGCCACUUCUGAGGCCACUCCCUCCACCUCCGACAACCAACCACACAACUUCUCCAGCGGGCGUGUCAAGAGCCCGCCUCUCCCUGGUUGGGUGUCCAAUCCCUGGCUGGAGAUGACCAAUAGUGUUGGCCUGCGGGCGGGCGCAGGGGGAGGGGCGGGGCUGGGAGUUGGGGUGGGGCUGGCUCUCUUUGGGGUGUGCACUGGCAGCAGGGCACUGUGCCACAGUCUGGUUGUAGAGAAUGGCUGCCAGCUGCUCUACAUAGUGGAGGAUCAGCGUUGGGAGUUGGAGGGUGUCUUCAGCCAGGAGCAUCUGACCCACACCAGGAUGCUGCGAUCCCGGGACACCGACAUCGUGCUCAGAGAUCAGUGCGUUUCAGGGGUGGUGGUUUGUUCCCCUCCAGACGAAGCCUCAGUAAUAGUUCUGGAUGCCUUGCGAGCAGGUAAAGGGGUGUUCUGUGAGAAGCUUCCCAGCCUGAACAGACACAUCGCGGAGUCGUGUUUUGAUGAAGCCAGCCGCUGCGGAAAGCCUCUGGUUUGUGGAUUUUUCAAGCGUUUCGACCCAGCCUUGCAGUUUCUGUACAAGAGGGUCCGUGAAAAUGAAAGGCUGGGUAGAAUUCAGAGGAUAUUGACUGUCAGCAGAAUGUAUCCCCCUCCCUCAGUGGCAGCAAUCAAAUCCUCAGGUGGGAUAUUCUACAACACAGCGGUGCACGACAUUGACGUCAUCUGUUGGCUGCUGGGAGAAAGUGCCCCAGAUACCAUCUUUUCUCUCGGACAUGCAUUCUGCAGAGAGAUGGCUGCAGUGAAGGAACCCGACUCGAUCUCUGUCAGCAUGAAGUUCCCCAGCGGUGCCAUUGCCUCCCUGGACACCAGCCAGCACUGCAACAAGAGCUGUGACCAAAGACUGGAAGUCCACGGGACAGAGGGCUCCCUGCAGAUGGACAAUCGCAACCCCUUGGGCAUCUCGGACCACAGCACCUCAGCGGCUCUGUGUAUGCAGGACACUGCAGAUCGCUACAGAGAUGCCUACAGAGAGCUGCUGCGGCACUUUCUCAGGACACUCAGAGGAAGGGAAAGCCCUUUCUUCACCAAAGAGCAGUACUUGUGGGCAAUCCAGGUGGCAGCCGCAGCAGAGCAGUCGUGGAGGAACGGCUCGGCCGUGGACCUGCGUAACGAGGCUCUGGACACCACUAUCAUCAAGACCGAGGUGCAGUGAG